UCUUCCAGUAAACCCCUAACCCCCUAACCCACCCUCCUCCCCUGGCCUCCUCUCACUGUUGGUCUUUCUCCUCGCAGUCCAUGGGCUCAGAGCGGGUGGAGAUGCGUAAGAGACAGAUGCAGGUUCAUGAGGAAGCAGCUGCCAGUGUCCUCCAAGCGCGCCACAGAAUGGGAAACACCCCCACCAACGCCUCAAACGCCUGCUGCUUCUGCUGGUGCUGCUGCUGUAGCUGCUCCUGUUUGACUGUGAGGAGUGAGGAUGAGACAAUACAGAGGUCCACUUUUGAGCACAGGACAGAGGGAACCACUAACUGUGAAGAAAGCCCAAAGCCUACUCUGGAAGACGCUCGCUCCUGGUCAGUGUCGUUUGAGAGGGUGAUGAAAAGUGCAGCGGGUCGCGGCUGCUUCAGGCAGUUCCUGCGGACAGAGUUCAGCGAGGAGAACAUGAUGUUCUGGCUCGCCUGCGAGGAGCUCAAAAAGGAGACCAACAAGACUGUGGUGGAGGAGAAAGUCCGUCAAAUAUACGAGGACUUCAUCUCAAUCCUUUCCCCUAAAGAGGUCAGCUUGGAUUCUCGCGUCCGAGAGGUGAUAAACCGCAACAUGCUGGAGCCGACCUCGCACACGUUCGAGGACGCUCAGCAGCAGAUCUACACGCUGAUGCAGAGAGACUCGUACCCCCGCUACAUAAACUCAACUGCGUACACAGAUCUGCUGAAGAGCCUGGAGGAGCCUCCCCCUGAGCCAUAGACUCUCCACUGCCACACACUUAGCUUUUCAAAAUGGCGCAUGCGUCCCACCCGAAGGAGUUUUGUGUUCCUGUUGGAGUCCUGCUAUUUAGAGAAAAGACAGACAGGAAAAUGAACACUACUUAAAACCGGUCUUUAUCCAGCUGUAACUGCUGUUUAUUUACCCAUGAUUAGCUUACCAAAAUACUUGGAGCAAACAAGAACAAAUGCUACAUCCAGCAUC